CCGCUACGCGCCGAGGGGGGGGCGGGCCGGGGCCAGCGCAGCCACCUGAGAGGAUGGCGGCGGGCGGCGAGUGGCUUCUGCGAGCCCCCACCGCCACCGAGCUGCUGCUGGCGGCCGCGUGCUGGCUGGGCUGCUACUGGCUGCUGCGGCCGCGGACGCCGCCGGGGCUGCCGCCGGGCCCCGCGCCCUGGCCGUUAGUGGGCAACUUCGCCUUCGCCCUGCUACCGCCGUCGCUGCUGCGGAGGUGGGUGCUGGACGUGUGGGGCAGCGGUCGCGGCUCCCCCGUCUUCUCCCCCCACGUCUUCCUCACCGGCCUCACCAAGAUGUACGGCGGCAUCUUCCGGCUCUUUGUGGGCAGCCGGCCCUUCAUCGUCCUCAACACCUUCGGGGCGGUGCGGGAGGCGCUGGUGCAGAAGGCGGAGGUGUUCAGCGACCGGCCCUCCGUCCCCAUCGUCCUCAUGAUCACCCACAAUAAGGGUGUUAUUUUUGCACCUUAUGGCCCUGUGUGGAAGCAGCAGAGGAAAUUCUCUCUUGCAACACUGCGGCAUUUUGGAGUAGGAAGACAUAGCUUAGAGCCUAAGAUCAUUGAGGAGCUGAAGUUCAUAAAGGAAGAAAUGCUGAAGCAUGGAAAGGAUUCGUUCAGUCCGUUUCCGAUUAUCCGCAAUGCAGUGUCCAAUGUUAUCUGCUCCAUGGCCUUUGGCAGGCGUUUCAAUUACGAAGAUGUUGAGUUCAAGACGAUGCUGAAGAACAUGGCCCGUGCGCUGGAGCUAAGUGUGCACAGCUCUAUGAUCCUGGUCAACAUCUGCCCGUGGCUGUACUACCUUCCCUUCGGGCCUUUCAGGGAGCUUAGAAAAACAGAGUUAGAUAUUACUGCUUUUCUAAAGAAAAUAAUUGCACAGCACAGGGAUACGCUGGAUGCAGCAAAUCCCAGGGACUUCAUUGAUAUGUACUUCCUCCACGCAGAAGAAGAGAAGAACAACAAGGAGAGCAGUUUUAAUGAAGACUACCUGUUUUUUAUCAUUGGAGACCUGUUCAUUGCAGGCACAGACACUACUUCCAACACGAUAUUGUGGUGCCUGCUCUACAUGUCCCUCUACCCAGAAGUACAAGAGAAAGUUCAUGCAGAAAUUGAAGCAGUUCUAGGUCGUGACAAAGUUCCCUCUCUUACCCACAAGGCUCAAAUGCCCUUCACAGAGGCAACCAUUAUGGAAGUGCAGAGGAUGACUGCAGUUGUUCCCCUUUCUAUCCCACGAAUGGCUUCAGAAACUGCUGUGCUGCAGGGAUACACUAUUCCAAAGGGCAGUGUGAUCGUGCCCAACUUGUGGUCGGUACACAGAGAUCCUAAUAUCUGGGAGAACCCAGACGACUUUCAACCAACAAGAUUUCUGGAUGAAAAUGGCCAGAUUAUUAAGAAAGAGGCAUUCAUUCCUUUUGGAAUGGGUAAACGUGUGUGCAUGGGAGAGCAGUUGGCAAAAAUGGAGCUGUUCUUAAUUUUUGCAAGUCUAAUGCAAAGCUUUACCUUUUUGUACCCUGAAAAUGCUACAAAACCAUCUAUGGAGGGAAGGUUUGGUCUAACUUUAGCUCCCUGUCCAUUCAAAAUAAUAGCUUUGAAGAGAUGAUACAACAUCACAAAUCAUCAAACAAAGAAAUACUGCACUUUAAAAACCCAGCUUAAUUUUCUUUCCAGCUUAUUUUGUUACUUUCUUUCCAGAAAUACAGUAACUGCAUAGGCUUUCAUACCAAUGAGAAAGAUCCAUUUGCAAUUCUGGAUGGAGAACUUUUUUUUUUUUUUUUGUCAGCUGUUGCAUUCCACAAAUAAACUGACAAUAUAGUUUGAAAUUUGAUAUUAAAACUUGCUGGGCUUAACUACUCUGUCUGUUAAGCUAAUACUGUUUGUUUGUCAAAUGUUAAUUAUGUGAGAAUGGUCCAAAACAGUCUGUUAAUACUGUAGUGAAUUUUAAGUGUUAUUUUGGUGAAAGCUGUAUGUGAAAUUUCACAAAUGACUGAAGGACAUAAUCUUAUAGAAGAAUUAAUGAAUGAGAGAGUGUUGAUAGCAUUUUCUGUGCAAAGAAACAUCACAAAUGUAAUGGAGUUCAAAUAACAAUGAAUACUUUAUUGAAAGAACUAAAUGAUACUUCUUAUAACCUUGAAGCAUUCUGUCUGGUGAGUAACUUACAGGUGGAGACUGGAUCAAAUCAGUCUCUAUUCCUGGAUCCAGAUGUCCUUGACUAUCAGAGCUUCCCAUAAACAUGCAGGUACCAACUCUAAAAAACACAUGCCAGGUUCAUUUGGAGGCCUAGUAAAUCGUUGCAUAUACUGUGUUCUUAAGCUGGGGAUAUGAAAGGAAUGCACAGCCUCUGAAUACAGAUAAUUUAUUUCUAAAUAUAAAUGAGAGCUAAUUUCUCUAACAUAAAGCAGAACUCCGGUGCCAAGCAGGUAUCCAAGACUACACAUCGAUGAAAACACUGUUCCCUGUUUUGCCUGUGUCACAAGUGAUGGUCUGUUCUGUAGCUGCAGCCUGGACAAGAGGACCAGCCUGUUCAUCAGGAAGGCAUCUGCAUGGAUAAUCCUGAAGCUAGGGCUUACACUAAGGUUCUUCCUUGCAAGCAGUGUGGGUGGUACUGCCACAACCUUUUUGGCUUUGAAAACUGGAAUCUUACAUCAAACACAUGUCGACAUAGUACUGUGGCCUUAAAAGUUUAGGCACGGAAAUUAGGAAUCUAACAUAGCUGAGGUUUGACUGGAGAGGCUGUUUCUUUGUUAUCUUCUAUAUGGUGUAAAAAGAUCUGUAGUCCACAUAGUAUUACUGUAUCAGAACCUUAUUCUUUCCUCAAGUAUAAUUUUAGUGCUGUUUACAACCAUCAAACUGAGCGUCAGGGAAGCCUGUUUUUAGGUAUUUCAGAAUGAGGCACUUAGUCUCACUGCCUUUUAUUUAAAAGGUUUUCAAAUGUCUGAUGUUUGAGGGAUGUGUAACUGUCAUCCUUUAUAUAACUGUUCUUUACCAUCCUUCAAUCUCUUUAUAUACUUUUUGAUCUAGCAGAGAUUUAUAUUAGAUGAAAUAAAUACAUGUGUACUCUUCUAAGAAAUUUUUUCUCCAUAUUGAAGGUCUAGAAAAUACUAGCAGUCCUCCAGAUGCUAAGUUCACAGGACUGUAAAGUGAAAUUGAAAAUUCUGCAGCAGAAAUUGAACCUGAAUUGUAAAAAAAAAAAUAAUUAGCUCUUAAGCUUUAAAUUCUCUCUAUUCUUGUCUCUCUCAUUAAAUCAAAUCUUUAACAGCCAAAUAGUGCCUGGCAAAGGCUGCAGAAUACUUUGGAUUUCAAUUUAGGUUUUCUGCUAGCUGUUUUAAAUUAAACGGUGCCAUGAUUUCUGAGUGAUCAGUUGGUUGCUUGUGUACCCUACCACUUUUGUGAGACCUUCCAGUUUUUCUUAAGGCUAGCUUUUGACUCUAUAGGUUAGUCCAUACUGUGCUAUUGUUAUUAUUUUGUAUGACAUUUUUGAAAACCCCGUAGCACAAGAAGUUGAGUUUGGUACCAAUGCUAGUGAACUUGCACUAAAAGCCGACUGCAUUGCAUUAAUAAGCAUUACAUUUUCCAGUGAACAGUGUACAGUUGGGAUUUUUGUCUGGAAAUCCUUAAAAUAAUAUAUGCUUAAUUGCAGAGCUGAAUCAAGUGCUGAUAAUGUUUAUCUUUCUGUCAAGAAGCCUCUUUAAGCAAUAUAAUGAUGUUGGUGUGCAACUGAUGAUUUAUCUGUUUGUCCUUUUAAUCUUGAGGACGUAUUUGAAAAGCACUUUAGUUUUUUUUGUUUGUUUGUUUGUUUUUUAACUGAUUCCAAAGAAGACACAAUUCACAUAAACACAUAGUAUGUGGAAUUACAUAUAUUUGUGUUCAUCUCGCCUGUUGAGUUUAGUGUGAAAUGUCACCUUU